AUCCAGCCUGGCCAGAACCCUCUGGAGAUCCUCCUGCCCUCCAUCCAUGGAUCCAGCCUGGCCAGAUCCCUCUGCAGAUCCUCCUGCCCUCCAUCCAUGGAUCCAGCCUGGCCAGAUCCCUCUGGAGAUCCUCCAUCCAUGGAUCCAGCCUGGCCAGAUCCCUCUGCAGAUCCUCCUGCCCUCCAGCCAUGGAUCCAGCCUGGCCAGAUCCCUCUGGAGAUCCUCCAUCCAUGGAUCCAGCCUGGCCAGAUCCCUCUGCAGAGCCUUCCUGCCCUCCAUCCAUGGAUCCAGCCUGGCCAGAUCCCUCUGCAGAUCCUCCCUGCCCUCCAUCCAUGGAUCCAGCCUGGCCAGAUCCCUCUGCAGAUCCUCCUGCCCUCCAUCCAUGGAUCCAGCCUGGCCAGAUCCCUCUGCAGAUCCUCCUGCCCUCCAUCCAUGGAUCCUGGAUUCGGCCUUUGCGUUGCUGUUGUCUCCGUACUCCCGAAACCAUUCCUGGAAACAAUCGGUGAUUACACUUUCCUCCUCUUCCUCCUCCUCCUCCCAGUCCGGAAGUGGUGUGUUUGUAACGGGAAUAGCGGUGUCCUUCUGCCGAGCUCUGGAUCCACCCUUCCAUGUUCAGAUCCGGUUGGAUUCACCGCCCGCCUCGGGGUGGCAGGAAGGCAAGAGAGCGGCUUCACGUGCCGUGUUGGACCUGCGUUGCCCUCAAAGGAGCCGGAGGGUCUUUGGAUUAAAGGAAAACACAGACGGACACCGUGGAUAAACCAGGAACACCAUGCAGGCAUCGCCUGUCCAGGAUGGGGUGUCACCUCAAGGAUGGAGGAGGUUGAAGGGUCACCUCAGGGAUGGAGGGGGAUGGAGGAGGAUGGAGGGGGAUGGAGGAGGAUGGAGGGUUCCCUUGAGGAUGGAGGAGUAUGGAGGGUCACCUCGGGGAUGGAAGAGGACGGAGGGUCACCUCAGGGAUGGAAGAGGAUGGAGGGUCAUCUCGGGGAUGGAAGAGGACGGAGGGUCACCUCAGGGAUGGAAGAGAACGGAGAGUCCCCCUGAGGAUGGAGGGGGACGGAGGGUCACCUCAGGGAUGGAAGAGAAUGGAGAGUCCUCCUGAGGAUGGAGGAGGACAGAGGGUCACCUCAGGGAUGGAAGAGGAUGGAGAGUCCCCCUGAGGAUGGAGGAGGACGGAGGGUCACCUCAGGGAUGGAAGAGGACGGAGGGUCACCUCAGGGAUGGAAGAGGACGGAGGGUCACCUCGGGGAUGGAAGAGGACGGAGGGUCACCUCGGGGAUGGAAGAGGAUGAAGGGUCAC